AUGGUACAGUUGUCGAAACAGCCAGUAGACCUGGCUUUUACAAAAGCACUUCCAAAAAUCGAACUACACGCUCAUCUGAGCGGCAGUAUAUCCCGAGAAUGUCUGCAGGAGCUUUGGGUCAGGGCAAAGGAGUCGGACAUCAACUGUACAAUUCCAAACCCAAUGGAGGUCAUGCCAAAAGGCAAAGUUGAUUUUGACCUUGAAACGCAAGUACAAAAUUUUUUUUUCACAUCGGAGAGUCGAUAUGACAUAGAAGGGCUGCGAUACUCUACACGUCGCGUCUUGCAGGACUUUCAAGAAGAUGGAGUCCGAUAUCUGGAGCUGCGAACCACACCGCGCGAGAGCCAACGUCAUGGAGUUUCAAAAAAUGAUUAUGUGUCGACAGUUCUCGACGUGAUCGAUGAAUUCGAGAAUGAUCAAAUGUCAACAUACUUGAUCCUCUCUAUUGACAGGACUAAAUCGGCUGCAAACGCUCUUGAAGUCGUGGACUUGGCCGUCAAGUACAAGCACCGUGGGGUUGUUGCUGUAGAAUUGAGCGGAGACCCAUCUCGUGGAGAUGUGUCCAUAUUCAAGGAUGCUUUUGCCAGGGCAAAGGAGCAUGGGCUCUAUGUGACACUGCAUUUUGCAGAAACAGCAAGCUCAUCGUGCCCGGCCGAGCUAGAGACGUUACUCUCUUUUCAACCCGAAAGGUUGGGCCAUGUGAUCAAUGUUCCCAAUGAAUUCAAGGAAGAGAUUGCCCGACGUAGACUGGCCCUGGAGUUAUGCCUGUCUUGCAACGUCCACGCAAAACUCAUUCAAGGGAGUUUCCCCGAUCACCAUUUUGGAUAUUGGAGGCAUCAAGAUUGUCCAGUGAUUCUCUGUACGGAUGAUGUUGCCUUUUUUGGUAGCCCACUGUCUAAUGAAUAUCUAUUGGCGGCUGAGCACUUUCAACUUGAUCGCUCCUCGAUUGUUGAUUUGUGCAGAACUGCAGUUCCGGCAAUAUUUGGCAGCCAAGGAGAAAAAGAUAGGAUCCUCCAGUUGCUGUCUGAUUUUGAAAAACAGGGUUGGUAG